AUGUCGGACCAGGAUAAGAAGUCAAUAGACCAGUACGGACGCCAAAAGUGGAAUGUUGAUGUAUAUGCACAGGAAGCUCGCGAUAAAAAGAGAAAGGUUGACCAUGUCACCCUGUCAUCACAAUACGUUAUUGACAAAAAUGUCGAUGACUCUAAAACACACAUCAAGCAAAGAAAUACACUACUUGAAGAGUCGCUAAAUGCAGUCCAAACAUUCAACCUCAUAAAUCCGGAUAAAGCUACUACCACCACAUUUGGAACAAACAAGAGGUUCGGGUUUGUAUGUCCUGUCUGUAACUUGUCAUUUCGAGACAAUUUGGCAUUGAUAGAUCAUUUUAACUCGCCACAGCAUGUUAGUAAAGUAUUCCAACUGAAUAAAUCAGGAGAUCAAUUGCUACAGACAGAGCUUUUAGAUGGUGGUAUUCGACGAGCAACCCUUGAGGAAGUUGUGAGUGUCAUGGAAAAUUUAGUUGCAAAACGGAUGAAGGAGAAAAGCUUGCAACAGGGAGAAGGUCCAUCUUUUACCCAGCGGGUUGAAAUGAGGAAGAAGUUUGAGGAUGAGAAGAAGAGGAGACGGUUAGAUAAGCGUAAAUUGCAGAGCAAGCGAAAGAAACAGAGAUUACAGACAGACGUGAAUCAUGCCGCUUUGAAUUCUGAUAUAAAUGAAAUCAUGGGGUUUACAGGGUUUGGUUCAUCUAAGCCAAGAUGA